GCCAGACGGCCACAAGGAUUCCAUUCACCUGACCCGGCCCGGCUUGACCCUGCCCGGGCGCGCCAUGUUCGCGCGUGGGUCCAGGAGGCGCCGCUCCGGGCGCGCGCCUCAAGAGGCAGAGGACCCAGACCGCGGCCAGCCCUGCAACUCCUGCAGGGAGCAGUGCCCCGGCUUCCUGCUGCAUGGCUGGAGAAAGAUCUGCCAGCACUGCAAAUGCCCACGGGAGGAGCAUGCCGUGCACACAGUGCCUGUGGACCUGGAACGCAUCAUGUGUCGGCUAAUCUCAGACUUCCAGCGCCACUCCAUCUCUGACGACGACUCUGGCUGUGCCUCGGAGGAGUAUGCCUGGGUGCCCCCUGGUCUCAAGCCCGAGCAGGUAUACCAAUUUUUCAGCUGCCUUCCAGAGGACAAGGUCCCCUACGUCAACAGUCCCGGGGAGAAAUACAGGAUCAAGCAGCUGCUGCACCAGCUGCCCCCACAUGACAGUGAGGCACAGUACUGCACAGCACUGGAAGAGGAAGAGAAGAGAGAGCUCAGAGCCUUCAGCCAGCAGCGGAAGCGGGAGAAUCUGGGGCGUGGCACCGUGCGCAUCUUCCCCGUGACCAUCACUGGGGCCAUCUGUGAGGAGUGCGGGAAGCAGAUUGGAGGUGGGGACAUCGCCGUGUUUGCCAGCCGUGCAGGCCUGGGUGCCUGCUGGCACCCACAGUGCUUUGUGUGCUCCACGUGCCGGGAGCUGCUGGUGGACCUCAUCUACUUCUACCAUGCUGGCAAGGUCUACUGUGGUCGCCACCAUGCUGAAUGCCUGCGCCCGCGCUGCCAAGCCUGUGACGAGAUCAUCUUCUCCCCUGAGUGCACAGAGGCCGAGGGCCGGCACUGGCACAUGGGUCACUUCUGCUGCUUUGAGUGUGAAGCAUCACUGGGAGGGCAGCGCUAUGUCAUGCGUCAGAGCCGCCCCCACUGCUGCGCCUGCUACGAGGCUCGCCACGCGGAGUAUUGUGAUGGCUGUGGGGAGCACAUUGGCCUGGACCAGGGCCAGAUGGCUUAUGAGGGCCAGCACUGGCACGCCUCAGACCGCUGCUUCUGCUGUAGUCGCUGUGGGCGAGCCCUCCUGGGCCGCCCCUUCCUGCCACGCCGUGGCCUAAUCUUCUGCUCCCGAGCCUGCAGCCUGGGGUCCGAGCCCACGGCUCCAGGGCCCGGCCGCCGCAGCUGGAGCGCAGGCACGGUCUCCACACCUCUCACAGCCUCUACAGCCUCUUUCUCUGCUGUGGAGGGGGCGUCUGAGACCUCCACCAAAGGCACCAGCGCCGAGCCAGCGCCUGCUGCAGGCCCCGAGGAGCCUGCCCGCUUUCUGAGAGGGGCCCCUCACCGCCACUCCAUGCCCGAGCUGGGGCUCCGCAGUGUCCCCGAACCACCCUCAGGGCCUCCCGGCCAGCCGGACCCGUGCCCAGAAGAUGGUGCCUUUGGUAGCCAGAGCACCGCACGCGUCAGCUUCCGCGACCCUUUGGUGUCUGAGGGAGGCCCGCGGCGGUCCCUGAGUGUGCCCCCAGCCCAGCGCCGCAGGCCACGCAGCCCCCCGCCCAGGGGCCCCACACAUCGCCGCCGCCACCACCAUCACAACCGCCACCAUCACCGCCGCCACUCUGGCAGACGUCGCCACCAUCAGUGUGACUUGGGAUCAGCGUCGGACUCGGGAUCUUGCUCCAGCUCGCCCUCCAGUCCCAGUUCCGAAUCCUCAGAGGACGACGGCUUCUUCCUAGGGGAACGCAUCCCACUUCCCCCGCACCUGUGCAGGCCGGUGCCUGCUCAGGACACUGCAGCUGAGACCCCCAAUUCCCCAUCUCCACAGCUCCCCGGGAACUCUCGCCCAGGGAUGCCUCGCCGGGCCAGAGACAAGAACUGCGUCGUGGCUUGAAGGAGUGACAGUUCUGGAGGGCUGCAUUCUCAAGUCAGUGUAGAUGAUGACCACCACCCCCCACUUAAGUGAUAAAUCCCCUGCCUUCCUCCCUCCUUCCUCUGUUUGUAUUACUGAAGUAAUUUAAUAUUUGUUUGAAAACAGGCCUGGCUUCUUUACCUCCUUGCUCCAGCUGCUCCAGCUCCCCCCAGUUUUCCCCCUCCUGAUGC